AUGGCAAACACGAUCAUUGCCAAAGGUAUCGCCCCAGACCGUGGAUACCAGGAUGCAGUUCUCUACCUGGGUUUCGAGAAGGCUUAUGAGCUUUCUGGAGACGAGAAGUAUCUGGACUGGUACAUUGGACAAAUUGCUGGUCCUGUUGUUCUGGAGAACGGCACCAUCAAAGGUCUGAACACAUCCAAGUACAUCCUUGAUGAGUACAGGAUGGGACACAACUAUCUCUACCUGUACAACCAGACGGGGCAAACAAAGUAUAGGACUGCGGCAAAUACUAUCAGACGCAUGCUUGACAAGUAUCCCCGCUCGCCGCAGGGUGGCUUUUGGCAUCAACAGUUCUUCCGCAACCAGAUGUGGCUAGAUGGUAUCUACAUGGCAGACACAUUCUACGCCAAGUGGACCCAUCUCUAUGACCGUGACAAUGACACGGCCUGGGACGACAUCUUGCUCCAGUACGAGCUUAUCCACGAGAACACGGUCAACGAAACGACAGGUCUCCAUGUCCACGGCUGGGUCGACGGUACAGCUGCAUGGGCUGAUCCAGAAACUGGUCGCGCACCCAACGUCUGGGGCCGUGCUCUCGGCUGGUAUUUCAUGUCCCUCGUUGAAGUCUUACAAUUCUUUCCCACAAGCCAUGCCGGUUAUGAUCAAUUACAUGGAUAUCUUGAGUCAGUCGCGCUUGGACUCAAAGAGUCUCGUGAUUCAGCGUCUGGUAGCUGGUGGCAGGUUAUGAAUGAACCAUAUCCCCAACGUGAGGGAAACUUUAUUGAGAGCAGUGGCUCAUCUAUGUUCAUUUGGGGUCUGCUGAAGAGCAUUGACCUGGGGUUCCUCGACCGGGACGAAUAUCUUGCUAUGGCAAGAGAUGCGUUCUCUAGUAUUAUCGAUAACUUUUUCGAAGAACGUGAUGGAGGGUCUGUUGUUCUCAAUGGCACGGUCGCUGAAUGCGGAUUACUCAGUUCCAACGUAACAUUCGAGUAUUACGUAGCACAGCCAACCCUAGAGAACGGACAGAACGGUGUCGGACCUUUCAUGCUGGCUGCUUAUGAAUGGGAGUCGUGGGCCAGAGAUGUGGAGGAUUAG